AGAAGAUAAUGUCAUAUGCAUAUAAUUUAUGUCAAGCCACAAAUGAAUGGAUUUUAACUAAGUUGGAUGUCCGCAUCAGCUGUCAUGGAGUGGUUUCCCAAAUAAGGGACAAAGGAGAACUUACGCUGAUAUUUGAAGACAAAUCUGCUUUUGACGUAAAGUACGAAUAUGACGGAGCAGACACAAAUGUUUAUAGGACUGAAUACAACAAGUUGCAUGUUCAAGAGAAAGAUUUUGUUGAUGUAAUGUGCGAAGACAUUAAUCACAUCUUAACAAAUGCGACACUUGCGGAAGAUCUAUCAUUUUCGUUGUUAUAUGCCGACACUAAUCGUGAUAACGUGGAAGCUGCAGACCGCGUUCACGAGCAGAUCAAAAGUUUGUGGCAAAAACAACAAAAAGGAGUUCCUGUUUAUACUCUAUUUUUGAAGAUCGAUAAUAUUUCCAAGCUCCGUGAUGUCUUACAAUGCUUUGACCCGACUACAUUGACAGAAUUGAACAUUAAUAUGGACACAAAUAAACAUAAACCUGAAAUUAUUGAGUUUGGUGAUAUAGUGGAGAUGGAUCAAUGGAAAAAUGCAAAAGAGAUCAAUCUGAGAAACUUCUUUGUUUCCAUACCGUUUGAGCAUUUUAGUCAUUGUGAGAGUGCGUACGUAGAAGUUUGGAAAAUAUCAGCUGAUGAUAUACAUAAACUUAUUGAGGUUGACUUCAAUGCCCCAGAAUUUAGGAGGAUCAUCGUGCACUACAAAUCUUUGGACGUUACCAAAAAACUAUUGAAAACGUUAUUUGGCGGGACAUAUGACAACAGGAGAGUUCGAUCAAUUAAUAACAAUCGGGAGUUUCGUCAAUGCACCUUGGCUAAUCAGUUCUACAUUGCUCAUCCGGACUAUGGGUUCUCAGAUCAAAGAAACAGUCGUAAGGAAGCCAUCGCAGCCGGACGUCAACUUUCAAAACUUUCCACAUCACAGGGUCCCACUGAAUGGCUUCAUAUUUGUGUGAUUAUGGGGAAAGUUACUCAAUACCUUGAUUACAAACACUUGCAAGUCCUUCGUAAAGUUUCUCGUGCAAUCCGUCAGUGCAUUGAUAUUCUCAAGCCUGACCCCAAAGUCGUGGCAGUGACCAUUUAUUAUGGGCUCGGAACAAGAAGUGUUGAAAUAUUCGGCAAGGAUGAUAGCAAAUUAUUCGGCUACAGUGGAAGUAAUAAAUCAGACCAAACUAAUAAAUUGGAUAUUUCCAACUUCUCGAACGACAUGCUCCUCAUUUUGAAGAAUCAAAAAACUGCUCUCACCGAGCUUGAACUAGAAUAUGUAGACGAGUUCGAGAAGGAGAGUGAACACUUAUAUAUUGAGUGUUUCGAAGAAUUUGUUUUGCCACUGGAUCGAUUGUUUUCUGUUGAAAAAUUUACAGUGAAUUUAAGGAAUCCAGAAAUCGUGGGGCAACUACUCACAUACAUGGAUCCAGUUUCACUGAGAAAAAUUGAAUUUGGAUCUGAAUACGUGAACAGACCAUGGAAACAAAUUGAGCUUGAUAAUAAAAUUAAUUUAUGCAAUAUGGAACAUUGGAAGAAUGCAAAGGAAUUGACUAUCAACAAUACAGUCGUGAAAUGCGAUGUAGAGGUCUUGAUUCAUUUUUCAGAAGUUGACAUUAUAUUGGACUCAAUGUUAUUGCAAAAUGUUGUAUACUUGAAAGAUACAUUCCUCUCGUCUCCAACAUUCUGCCAAUUCAAAGCCCAGUUUGUGAACAGUGAUAUCAAUGAGACCAUAUUUGUUGAUACUUUCUUGGGAGAUCCCUCCCGCAGAGUCUCCGAUCCUUCGUCAGGGCUACCUAAUAUUUGGUUUUUCUCCUACGCUGAUGUUGACGAGGAUCUUCAAAUCAGAUAUUACCAAGAGCGUAAACAAUUUAUGUUCACUCGUAUUCCAAGAGAAACUAGAUUUCAGCACUUUUUCCACAGAUUCUUGUAAAACUCAUUGUAAAAAAAAACUGGAUUUAAUAUGUAUAUUUUCUGUCACUAUUCAUGCCCCCAAAUAAACGUCUGCUGAG